AUGAUUAGCACAGCUACCUUUCGAGCUUCACGUCCGCCAAUCGUUGGCCCUGACGUGCCAAAACCACCUUUCCCGAUUCGUCUCCAAGGAUAUAUACAACGCGGCUUCGGUAGAGGCGGAAGAGACUUGGGAUGUCAUACAGCAAACCUUCCGGACGAUGCAUUAGAGCCUAUUACGUCUGCUACAGAGGCCGGAAUAUAUUAUGGAUAUGCUCAAGUAUCAAAUCAGCAUCAGGGACCAGAGCAGAAAGGCUCGUUAGGAGAAGAGGACCUCAAGGUACUCCCAAUGGUUAUGAGUUUGGGACGGAACCCGUACUAUGGGAACAAGAAGACGUCCGCCGAAGUCCACAUAAUCCAUAAAUAUCCGACAGAUUUUUAUGGUCACUACCUCGCGGUUGUGGUUUUGGGAUAUAUCCGACCAGAGUUGGAUUAUACAUCUCGCGAGAGCCUCAUCGAGGAUAUUCAAACAGAUAUCAAAGUCGCACUAAACUCCUUGGAUCGACCUGAAUAUAGCAAAUAUUCACACAAGCCUCUCAUCGAUUCGUCGUCCCCAGAAUGA